AUGGAGAGGAGGAAACCCACGGGAGAAUACCACUGCAUCCCCGUGUCCAAAAUGUCGUCGCUGGACCCGUACGAGGAAGUGUUGAACCGCCCACGGUGGGUUACUACAACUUUGGGGUGCUUCCUGAUAUUCACUAUCGUGGUUGAUAUUUUGGGCAACCUUUUGGUGAUAUUCUCUGUCUACCGGAACAAGAAGCUAAGGAAUGCAGGCAACAUCUUUGUGGUGAGCCUGGCUGUGGCCGACCUGGUGGUGGCCAUCUACCCCUACCCUCUGGUCCUCACCUCCAUCUUCCACAAAGGCUGGAACCUGGGCUAUGUCCACUGCCAGAUCAGCGGUUUUCUCAUGGGAGUCAGCGUCAUCGGCUCCAUCUUCAACAUCACCGGCAUUGCCAUCAACCGCUACUGUUAUAUAUGUCACAGCCUUAAGUACGACAAGCUGUACAGCGACAAGAACUCAGUGUGUUACGUCCUACUCAUCUGGGCGUUGACCAUUGUGGCCAUCGUGCCGAAUCUCUUCGUGGGUUCGUUGCAGUAUGACCCUAGGGUGUAUUCGUGUACGUUCGAGCAGUCGGCGAGUUCGGCGUACACCAUCGCCGUGGUCUUCUUCCACUUCAUCCUACCGAUCAUGAUCGUCACUUACUGCUACCUGAGGAUCUGGAUCCUGGUCAUUCAGGUUAGGCGACGUGUCAAACCGGACAAUAGACCGAAACUGACGCCACACGACGUGAGGAACUUCGUGACUAUGUUCGUGGUGUUUGUGCUGUUCGCCGUGUGCUGGGCGCCGCUCAACUUCAUCGGGCUGGCGGUGGCCAUCAACCCAGAGGUUGUGGUGCCUCUCAUCCCUGAGUGGCUCUUCGUGGCGAGCUACUUCAUGGCCUACUUCAACAGCUGCCUUAAUGCCAUCGUAUACGGGGUGCUCAACCAGAACUUCCGGCGCGAGUACAAGCGCAUUGUGGUGUCAGUCUGCACGGCGCGAAUCUUCUUCCACGGCAGCUCCAACGACGCGGCCGAGCGGCUCAAGAGCAAGCCGUCGCCGCUCAUCACCAACAACAACCAGGUCAAGGUGGAGUUGGUGUGA